AUGGCCGACUCCAAGGACGGGAGGCUUGAUGGGAAGCCGUUUCGCUUCUUCAAACUGCCGCGGGAGCUUCGAGAUGAGAUUCUAAAACAGGCCGCUGAAAACAUCAAGCUGAGCAAGACGGCGAAUCCGUGUCGUGGCAUCGAAACCAGCCUGCACACGUAUGCUCCCACGCUGCGCCUUGUCAGUCGUCAGUUCAAGGACAAGAUCGAGCCGCUCCUCAAGAAGAAACGCCUCUCCCUGUGCGUGCGUCUCACCGACCCGGAGCUCUUCGAGCCAUGGGCGAUGCAGUUGUGUCCGUCGAUCGCAGAGCGUGUCAGCGAGGUUACUUUCACAGCCAACUUGAUCUGUGAUUAG